GUGACAGUGGUGAGGAGCAGGAGGAGGAAGAGUCCAGGCUGGACAGGCGGUUCUGACGCUGCGAGCUCCGGGGCGCAGGUUCUCACUUUUCGGCCCGGCGGCUCAGUCUGACGGCGGCGAGCCUCCGUACGAGGUCAACUCCAAUCUGGACCGGAACCCAGGGAGGGAGAGGAGAGCAGAGUGUGUGUGUGUGUGUGUGGAAUGAAAGUGGAAUAAUAUUAAUAAUAAUAAUAAAGAUAGCUGAUAGUUUAAAACAAAAAUAAAGACAGAGAAAAAUAUAAAGGGGGCAAGCGACAUCGCCAACGAGCCACAGAGGAGGAAACCGAGCCCGAGCCAGACGACCCGUCAGCCCUGCUCCAGGGAGGCGACAGAGGAGGAGGAGGAAGAGGAGGAAUUAAAGGGAGAGGGAGGCUGAUCAGUCACCGAGCGAGGGGAGUGCGAGCCAUUGUCAUCACCACCGCGGCAGGCAUGGCAGAUGCGGAGCUGGACUUCCAGACGGGCGAUGCCGGGGCGUCCGCCACCUACCCCAUGCAGUGCUCGGCCCUGCGCAAAAACGGCUUUGUUGUGCUGAAAGGCCGACCCUGCAAGAUCGUGGAGAUGUCCACCUCCAAGACCGGCAAGCACGGCCACGCCAAGGUGCACUUGGUCGGUAUCGACAUCUUCACUGGUAAGAAGUAUGAAGACAUUUGUCCCUCCACCCACAACAUGGACGUACCCAACAUCAAGAGAAUGGAAUACCAGCUCAUUGGGAUCCAGGAAGGCUACCUGUCCCUGCUCCAGGACAGCGGGGAGGUGAGGGAGGACCUGAAGAUUCCCGAGGGAGACCUGGGCAGAGAAAUAGAGAGCAAGCACGAUGCCGGAGAGGAGAUCAUGAUCACCGUUCUAAACGCAAUGGAUGAAGAAGCCGCCAUUGGCAUCAAGGCCUUGGGUAAAUAAGCCACUGCAGGUAAAUACAGAGCUAGAGGUGUUUUCGACACGACACGCAGCUGACCUCUCACCGCCACCACCACCACCCCCCUAAACACCACCUAACCCAAGCCUGUCUGAAGAGGAGUGUGUGUGUGUGCACUCUGUAAAAUGAUGUACGUGUAUCUGCGCGUAUGGGUGUUACAAUACAAGCCACAAGCAUGUGCCAUGCCGGUGCGAGUGUGUGUGUGUGAUGUCUGAAUCAUGUACAGUUUACUGUCCAUCGGUGGAUGCAAUAUGUAUGUAUUAUAUUGGAAAAAUCCACGUUUUCUGCCCAUAUUUCUGCUUUGCGCAAUUGUUUUACAUGUAUAUAUGUUUGAAAUGCACCUUAUAAGUGAUCAGAUGACAGAUGACAUUGUCAUAAUUGACCAAAAGUAAACAAAGUUUGACGCUUGUGUGAAGCGACGGUUACUACUGAGCAGUGUGUCACUGUGGAUUUGCCUUCCCCUCAAUGUACUUUUUGUUUUCUGUUUUGUUAUUAUGAUUGUCAUCAAUGUUUUUUUUUUUUGCAUCGCACUAUCAAAUAAUAAUGGAAGCUUAAGGCUCAUAUUGUAUAUCUGAGCUAUUUUGGGUUUUUUUUUCUCUCUGCGGGUUGCACUUCAUUCCACAGCCUGAUCCCGCCAGUUGCUUCCUUUUCUUCCUUUUAAGAAACGGCCCGUGGCAUUGCUGUAAUUGUUGAGUCAAAACUGUUUCAUGCACUUUCUUACCUGCAAACGGUGGGCCACACACAAAAAAAGAAAAAGUCAUAUGCAAUGUUUCCUCAGUGGAGGAAAGUUAAAACACAUAUUGCUUCAUUAAAAAUGUGGUGUUUAUUA